GAGACUCAGAGCACUUCUCUCUUCAACAUCACAGACAGAAGAAAAGAAAGUUUAUCACUUUUCCAUCAUCUCUUUAUGUAUAUAUAUAUAUAUAUAUUACGGAACAGUUUUUAAAACAUGAAAAAUUAACCUGGCUGAUAUUGGAUUGUUCACUUCAUCAACCUAUAAAAUAGUAUUGAAGAGUGAUUAUACAUUUAAAGGAACAUGAGGAAUGUGCACCUGUAGUAUAUCGUCUCUUAUUGAGCAAUUAAUGAGUUGUUUUUUAAUGUUCUGAUGUGCUUCGGUAUGAUAGAAUAACAGGAUUGCGAGGCAGACAAUUUGGCCGUGAUCAUCAUAAUUCAUCAAGGUAUUGAAGACGGAAACUGAACACAAACUUGCAGACAUAAUCGUUGUAGCUUUGGGGAAGCUGAUCUUAGGAAAAGGUUCCUUUUUUGAGCAACCAUGAAGAUAAAGAAGCAGUUUGGACCUUUCCAGGUUCUUGGUUUGGUUCUCUCUGCGAGUGUAAUAUACGAAUCAACUGCCACAUCUACGGACCUGAUUCUGUGUCAGAACGAAGAAGGAACCAUCGACUGUUCCCCUGGUAUCAUCAAUAUCCUUGACUCCCAGUAUGGCCGAAGUGCCUCAGGUAGUGUGGCUUGUCCACAUUCAUCAAUUCGAACUACAAACUGUGUACAAGAUGAACUGACUUAUGCCCAAGGUCUCUGUCAGGGUGAACAGACCUGUGACCUUGCGUGCCUUUUCAAUUAUGACCCAUGUCCGAAUACCUUCAAGUACCUCAAUGUCACCUAUAAUUGUAAUUCAGCAGUACCAGCAACAGUAGCCACUACUACGGUGCCUACUACAAUUGCCGCCGCUGGUACUGUUAGAACUGUGAAGAAAAGUAAAACAGAAAAGAAAUGUAAGAAUGGCCAUCGUUCCGCCACGAGUACCCUACGAUGUAAAGCGGGAGAAGAUAUCGUGAUAACCGAAGCGUUCUGCUUGGGCUAUGAGGAAUGCGGUGACUUUGAUCGUAGUGAUUUUACCUCGUGCUCCUCUAGCGAAAGGACGAUCUCGUAUAAUAUACUUUGCUCAUUCGCACCUAAUUCUCAUGAAUGUACUCUUACUUGCACCGGGUCUUGCCCUGAGAGAGAGAGCGGCUAUUUAUUUGUGCAGUAUGAUUGUGUAAUUGACGGCCCAGCAGAACCACAGACAACCACGAUUGUUACUACGACACCUGCUCCUACUACAACCAUUCCAACAACUACGACACCUGUCACGACAGUCAAAACGGUAGCAACUACACCACUAACAACCCCAACCACAACCACAGCUUCGCCUCCAACUACUACCACAUCGGCUCCAACCACUACUGGUGCUGCUCCAUCCACAGCGCACUCAACGACGAGUGUAACUACUCCAAUUGCAACGGCAAAGGCAUCGUCUCCUGAGGCUGUGUUUGAGGAGUUCCUCGCAGAAUGUUUCGGAAAUGCCUCCGCAGGAGAAGCGGAUGUGAAACCCUAUCGACCUUUGACCUUUACCUCGUCUGGCGACGACGCAGAUUCCCGUUUAGUUGUGAACUUCCAAUCAGCAUCUCUACAAUCCAAACCAGUUAAACUAGCCAUCGCUGCCUUCAGUGAACCGAGCCAGUCGGAUGGUUGUGGUAGCGUUCCCGAUUUGGCAUCAAAUGAUACUGAUAAUAACGAUACCAACGUGGAAUCAGCGGCCUCUUCCCGCGCUCUUAAUUCCGUUGUCAACGUAACGGUCUUCUGCUUCAACGGGGCCCCGCUUCAACUCAAGGAUGGGGAGUAUGUGGACGUUGCUUUUCCCGCCAAAAUAGAUUUCGAGAACGAAGUACCUUUGUGCACAUCAAUGAGAGGUGCCGCAUCGGAUUGGAAAUGGACAACAGAUGGUUGUCGGGUUGUCUACUCGAACUAUACCCACGUGACUUGUCGAUGCGAUCAUCUCGCAGCUAUUGCCCUUGAAAGAGCCCCAAAGGGUUUUACUGUAGGCCAUGUCAAUGUCAUUGCAUUGCUUCUCAUCGAGAGAGUUCUCGGGGGAAUAUCAAUCAUCAGCCUUCUCGUCCUGGUCAUUGUUUACUACAUCUUUGGUAAUCAGCAGUCGCAGCUUGCAAAGGUCCAGAUGAACAUAGCAAUAUCCUGCUGUCUUGCUCACCUUAUCUACCUCGUAGGAAUGGAAGCUACAAGCAACCUGCACGUGUGUGCAGCCAUGGCAGCAGCUAUGCAAUACCUCUUCACGGUGUAUGGGACAUGGUUGGUCGUUCAGACAGCCAUGUUUUUUCACACAUCUUACAUACACGGAAAGACGCGGGAGGGACUGCAAGCACCACUCAUUGCACCCAAGACCUUUGGUCUGGAGCUGAUACCCCUUACCAGGACUUUCAUCGCUGCUUGGGGAGUUCCUCUGGCCAUAGUCGGACUUCUCUACAAUGUAUACCCUCACGCAUUUGGAACACCAGAAAGCUGCUGGCUUGUAGAGUCUUUGACACCGUACAAGAUCUUUCUAUCGACGAUUAUCAUUGGAGUAUUGGUGAAUAUUACCUUAUCCAUCAUCACUGCAUACUAUAUGUUCAGGAUUGAACGUACUUUCCAUGGAGAUGAUGAAGAUUACGAGGAAUGGACUGAUAAACUGAAGAUACUUGUAAGGUGGUGUCUCCCUACUUCGGUCCUGCUUUCCUUGGUCCUGGUCUUUACUUGGAUCCUACACACGGUCUACCACACUUGGUCCAGCCUGGUCUUAGACUACAUGUUCCACAUCUGUGUCGUAUCCCAGGGCAUCAUUGUCUUUGUGUUCUACUGUCUCUUCAAUCCCCAGCUUCGUGAAUCUCACAGCAGGAGGCAAGACUACGUAACUGACAACACGAACCCAGAUGAAGGAACCAAGAAAUAGACCUGGUCCUUAACCUAGAACAGGACCUGGGCCUAAGAUGGGGCCUUUGGCUACAUAAUAUAUAUAUUAUCGGUUUAGAUGGCCUUGUUGAAUCGGUUACCUAUCGUUUAUUAAAUGAAUUAUAUUAUGUGUGAUUUUAAGGAAACCAUUGUGUCAAUCAAGCACUUUUGAUUUAUCUAUUGUUUAGAACAUUGCAAGUUAUACGGCUGCUGAAUAGUAAAAUAUGGCUAAAAAAUGAACAUAAUUAAGUAGGAGGGUAAUCAAUGAUGUACUUAAUGAAUUGUUUUAGUUACAUGAAAUAAGUACUUAUUUGACUCACUUCUCUCACUUGCAUUCUGUGUUGUAAAAUAUGAAUUAUAUAUUACGUGGCAUUUUAAGGAAUGAUACGAUAACUUAAAGUGCGAUAGUAAAUGUAACAUGAAGGCAAAAAUGAGGCAAGCGGUGUACGCCUUUUUGUAACCACUACAUAUCAUUUCAUUUUAGUUACUUGUCUUACGCGCGCGAUAAUAUUACAAGGACAAUGGCUGUAAAUUUCUUCUCAUCUGCGUAACUAUAUUCAUAGCCUAAUGACAGUUUUUUCUUCUUGAUUUAAAACUUCUCAUUAUACAAAAUAGUGUAAUUAUUAGGGCGAUAAUUUGUUUAACUGUACUGAAAGUUAGAAUACAUUUAUUGAAUGUAAUGCGUGUAUAAUUUAUGUGAAUACUAUAAAAACAUUUCAUUCUUUUGAUUACCAACGUGAAUGUAAGGAUAGCAACUGAUGUAUCAUCGAUAUACUUUUCAUUCCGAGAAAACAUAUGAUCUUUAUAAUUCCUGGGGGAUGUUUAUCAAAGAUUUAUGACUUAGAGUCGCACUGAAAUGCCGAUGCGCACAUAUGCUACACGCAAUCUCAUUGGUCAAUACGAGGUAGGGCGCGUCCUCUUGGCAUGAUCUGACCAUAAUGCGGUCAUGCCUUUAAUACCGCAUUCAACUAGGCGUUCAAGUGCGACUCUAAGUCAAAUUUAAAUCUUUAUGAAACACCCCCCCCCCCCCCUGUUCUGCAUUAAUCAUCGUACACACUUAAAAUGUUGGGCAACAUACUGUCCACUGUGUUGGGUAAUGUAUAUUGGUAAAUAUAUAUCUAUUAUGGACAAUUAUUAUCCAGUUGAGCAAAUUCAUUACCAAAUUAUUAGUUUUUAUUAACCAAAUUUGGCAGAAUUUAUCCAAUAGUUGUGUGGAUGUUGCCCUAGGUUGGUUAAACUUGGGCAUAUUUGCCCAACUAUUUUAAAAGUGUAACAUUAUAGCUGUCUAUUUUCUGUAUUAAGUUAUUGUCGGUUGACGUGGAAAUAUAAUCAAUUUUGACUCA